UCUCUAAACAUUCUUUCCUCCUCUUGCAUCUCACUUCUUACCCAUCAAAUAACCCAUAAAAUCUUCAAAAUCUUCAAAACCUUCGUACCCACAUGCCCACAAACACCCAGAAAAUCUUCAAGAUCUCCAGAUAUUCUCGAAGACCCUCAAACCCUCAUCACAAAAUAUCCAGAAAAUCUUCAAGAUCUUCAGAUAUUCUUCAAGACCCUCAAACCCUCAUCACAAAAUAUCUAGAAAAUCUUCAAGAUCUCCAUAUAUUCUUGAAGACCUUCAAACCCUCAUAAAUAUCUAUAAAAUCUUCAAGAUAUCCGAACCUUAUUUGUUGAUGAUGGAGAAAUGUAUGAAUGAAAAGGUAAGGAGUUACAUACCAGAUGAUCUUGUAUUUUGUAUUCUAUCAAAACUCCCUUUAAAAUCUUUGAAGCGAUUUACAUGCGUACGCAAAACAUGGUCUGUUUUAUUUGAAAACCCCACUUUUAUGAACAAGUUCCGCACUGAUUUUUUAUCUAUUCCUCACUCUUACUACAAUGAUACUUCCCUCCUCCUACAACACAAGUAUGUGUAUGAGUCUGAUUAUGCUACAACUUGUGUCUCUUUGAAUUUACUUUCUGGUGAGAGGUAUCAAAAUAGAGUCAAAUUAGACUUUCCAAAUCCAUUUAAAGAUCAAUUUCAAAUUUUGUAUUCCGGUAGUAUUACUGGAAUUUUUUGUCUUCAAUCCAUCGAAUCAUCCGAAGAUAUUGUAUUGUGGAAUCCAACUACUAAUGAAUUCAAAGUGCUUCCUCACAGCUCUAUUAACUUUGUGCGACCUUAUGACCAUUUCAUGCCAAUUAUUUUUGGCUAUGACCCUAUUAAUGACGACUAUAAGAUUAUUAGGAAAUCACAGUAUCCAAGAGAAAUAGCUUGUUAUCCCGUAUGGGAGAUUUAUAGUCUACGACGUAACUUAUGGAGGAAAAUUGAUAUUGAUUGUCCUUAUUGCUUUUGGGACAAUGAAGGACUCUACAUGGAUGGAAUAUGUCACUGGCUUUACCAUUGCUUUGAUAAUGGUGAAUAUUACUUGGUGUCAUUUUAUUUGAGCAAUGAGGUGUAUAUUAAAACAUUCAUACCAUUAGACAUAAUUUUCGAAGACAAAGACAAAUAUGUGGUGGCUAGAAGGUUGUUGAUGCUAAAUGGAUCUGUUGCUUGUUUUACUGGGUACGAGUACCAUGAUAAAACUACCUUUCACAUAUCAUUUUUAGGAGAAAUCGGGGUGAAAGAAUCUUGGACUAAACUUUUUGUUAUUGAACUUGGUCCCAAAUUGUUUCCUAUUGGCGUGGGAAUGAAUGGCGAAACAUUCUUCCAAAACUUAGAUCAUGAACUAGUCUACUUUAAUUUAUGUACACAAAUGAAGGUGGAGCUUGGUUGUGUUGAAAGAAUAUCAGAUUCUACCGAAGUAAUUAUUUAUAAGAAAAACCUUCAUUCGUUUGAAAAUUAAAUCAUUAGUUUGUUUACAUGUAGUUAUUACUGUAUCAUAAAAAGUAGU